AUGAAGAUGAACAUCCUCCUCGCACAGUUGCUGUCAUAUGUCCUUCUGGCACAUUGCACACAAAGCACCCUCUCAGAGACCUGCGCGGGCUUGCAGAACCUAUCGACCUGCAAGUUCAAGUUCUCCGUUCCAACUGGGUUUACCGUAAAUACAAAGGAAGUCACAGAGAAAAAGCUCAACAAGUGCAAAACCAAGAAAAAGGAGAAAAAGCCCUGUGCAACCAAGAAGGAACCUUCUAAAACGUGCGAUGUAAUGACCUGUGUUUCUGGAUAUGACAUAACAACGAAGCGGGUAUCUACAGGACUCAAGGUUGUGACCAAACAGGUUGACCUAUGCCAAACUGUGCGAAAUUUUCUGGGUCAAUCUGAAGGCGACAACUUCAUCAAGUCUUCUGAGGCUAUUUGUAAAUGCUUCCCUCGCCUUCAACAGCUGAGUCUUACUACACAAGCCAAGUCCAUUUCCCAGGGAGUUAUAUCAAAGGCGAAUGCAAAGUGUCUGCGGGACGGAGGUCUCACCAUAGAGAAUGGUUGGUCUGACGCCAUGAAUUCAAUCAAAGCGCAAGGGACGCCCAUCAAAGCAUUCGAGAUGGACGUGCCUACGUGCGCCAAAAUCAUUACAGGAAUGAAAUCGUGUGAAAAAGGCUCCUGCAACUCGACGCAGAUUAUAGAGGCGGGGUGUUCUGAGCAACUGGGGAAUCUUAACAUCGAUGAACGCCACUUCAGUCGAGCAAAGGGAUGCAUUGUCAAACUCUGUCCAGUCAACAGCAACAUCGCUGCAGCUAGUUACCUUGGGAAUCUCCGCUUUCCAGCCGAUCUAGGUGGAAAGCUCAACAAUCUCCUUCAACGACAAGCAAAUGCUUACAGCCAAGCUAGAGAUCUUCUUGACGAGGCCGCCACUGUAGCUUUGUUCAAGAAUGGCAAGGUGAAAACAGUGAAGGAUCUUUUUCAGCUUCUCCCAAUGGCCAAACGUGUCAAAGAUCUAUCAAACGAUAUCAAGACUCAGCUGGAUCCAUUCAAGGAAUUCUUGCCCAAUAACCUCACCUUUGCUAUCUCGACUGCGAAAGAGGAAAAUAAAUUGCGCUCGAUGAGCUUUGACGAGAUCGAGCUAGAGCUUAAUGUCAGCGAAAAGGAAGAAAAUCACGAGGUGCUUGAAAAGUUGGAAGCGAUGCAAGAGCUGAUUUUCAAGAACUACAAUGGUAACUACCUAUCCAGGGUCAUGAGUUCCAUUGGCUCUAUCCAGGGGCAACUGUCUUACUUGUCUGCAAUGAACGGAAAGUUUAUUAUAGAGACUGACAUUGUCAGUUUCGAGCAGUUGAGUAAGCUUCCGACGAUGGCUAUGCCAUGUUCUAAGACGGUGGAUAAGACAUACAAGGAUUCUGGAUUCAAGAAGGUCUUCUCUUAUCCUGAGUAUUCUAAAUGUACGGUCGAUGGCAUGACUGCGAAAUUCCCUAACCUUCAGAUAGGUUAUUUCCGUUGGUCGUUUUAG